GCCCAGCCCCAGGAGGGGCCGCCCCGGGACCCCCCCAAGUCGCCCCCUCCGCCGCUGCUGGACGGCGAGGCCGCCGGCAGGCCCCCCGACGGCGCCGCCGAGCCCCCCAGCCGAGCGGAGAUGGCGCCGGCCAGCGUGGCCGAGCAGAUCGUGGCGGCCGACGCGGCGUCGGUGGCGGCGGCCAUGGCGGGCCCCGACGACCCCGGCGGCACCUUCGUGCGGCGGCAGCUGGGGGCCCUGCUCCAGCCGGCCGUCAACAAGUUCUCCCUGCGCAUGUUUGGCAGCCACAAGGCCGUGCAGAUCGAGCAGCAGCGCGUCAAGUCCGCCGGCUUCUGGAUCAUCCACCCCUACAGCGACUUCAGGUUCUACUGGGACUUAAUCAUGUUGCUGCUGAUGGUGGGGAACUUGAUCAUCCUGCCGGUGGGAAUCACGUUCUUCAAAGAUGAGAACACGCCCCCCUGGAUCGUCUUCAACGUCCUCUCGGACACCUUCUUCCUGGCUGACCUGGUGCUGAACUUUCGCACGGGCAUCGUGGUGGAAGACAACACGGAGAUCAUCCUGGACCCCCACACCAUCAAGAUGAAGUAUCUCAAGAGCUGGUUUCUGGUGGACUUUGUCUCCUCCAUCCCCGUCGACUACAUCUUCCUCGUCGUAGACCUGGAGACCCAGGUGGAUUCCGACGUCUACAAAACGGCGCGGGCCCUGCGCAUCGUCCGCUUCACCAAGAUCCUCAGCCUUCUGCGCCUCCUCCGGCUCUCCCGCCUCAUUCGAUACAUCCACCAGUGGGAAGAGAUUUUCCACAUGACCUACGACCUGGCGAGUGCCGUGGUACGGAUCUUCAACCUCAUCGGGAUGAUGCUCUUGUUAUGCCACUGGGACGGGUGUUUGCAGUUCCUUGUGCCGAUGCUGCAGGACUUCCCGGAGGAUUGCUGGGUCUCCAUCAAUCACAUGGUGAAUGACUCUUGGGGGAAGCAAUACUCGCACGCGCUCUUCAAGGCCAUGAGCCACAUGCUGUGCAUCGGGUACGGGCAGCAGGCGCCCGAGGGCAUGACCGACGUGUGGCUGACCAUGCUGAGCAUGAUCGUGGGCGCCACCUGCUACGCCAUGUUCAUCGGCCACGCCACUGCGCUCAUCCAGUCCCUGGACUCCUCCCGCCGCCAGUACCAGGAGAAGUACAAGCAAGUGGAACAAUACAUGUCUUUCCAUAAAUUGCCGGGAGACACCCGCCAGCGGAUCCAUGAAUACUACGAACACCGUUACCAGGGGAAGAUGUUUGAUGAGGAAAAUAUCCUCGGGGAAUUGAGCGAGCCUCUGAAGGAGGAGAUCAUCAACUUCAACUGCCGCAAUCUGGUGGCCAACAUGCCUCUUUUCGCCAACGCGGAUCCCAACUUCGUGACCGCCAUGUUGACCAAGCUGCGCUUCGAGGUCUUCCAGCCGGCCGACUUCAUCAUCCGGGAGGGAACCGUGGGCAAGAAAAUGUAUUUCAUUCAGCACGGGGUGGUCAGCAUCCUGACGCGCGGCUCCAAGGAAAUGAAACUCUCGGACGGCUCCUACUUCGGCGAGAUCUGCCUUCUGACCCGGGGCCGGCGCACAGCCAGUGUGCGAGCAGACACCUAUUGCCGCCUCUACUCCCUCUCGGUGGACAACUUCAACGAGGUCUUGGAGGAGUACCCCAUGAUGCGCAGAGCCUUUGAAACAGUAGCUAUGGACCGGCUGGACCGCAUAGGCAAGAAGAACUCGAUCCUCCUGCGCAAGCGGGCGGAGCACAGCUCCAGCAGCGUGAACAACGAGAUCAUCCAGCAGAUCGUCAAACACGACCGCGACAUGGCGCAUAACAUCCAGGACCUGCCGCCAGUGAUGGCCGGGCGGGAGCUGAGCGGCAAGCCAGUGAUCUGGGAGCCGCUGGUACACGCGCCGCUGCAGACCGCCGCGGCCACCACCAACGUGGCGAUCGCGCUAACGCACCAGCAGAGCUUGGCAGCUCACAUCUUCCUGCCACCGUCUUCUCUGUCCAGCCCUCUCUCUCCAGACUCCGCAUUCAUCCCCCGACACCCACGCCGUUCCCAACCCAGCCUGGGUGGCUCGCGGCCUUCCUCGGUCAGCUCCCCAGCUUCGGGGGCGCAGUCCCAUUUACAGACUCCAGCGGCUGGGUCUCCUUCUUCGCCCAUGGUCCAGUGCCCGUCACCCUUUGAAAGUUUAGGACCAAGAGGAGGCCCUCUGGGACAAGCCAUCCCUCGGCCUGUCCAAAAGGUAGAACCGGUCCCCGGAGAGCACCAGCCGCGACUCUCCAAAUCCCGCGGCGCUUCGGUCUCGACCUCACUCCUGCCACAGCCAGCAAGCGCCUCGUCGAUCCUCCCCGGACGAACUCUUCACUACAGCCUGUCGCGAGCCACUGGCUCCCACAUCUCCCUGUUUUUGCAGCCCCAGCAGCUGGUGAAGCACCGGAGCACGCAGGGCCUUUCCGUGGGCUGCCUCACCCAAGAUAUACGGCCGCUUUCAGCCUCCCAGCCGUCCUUACCGAACCGGCUUGCUCUCCAGGCGGACAUGGGCCCCUCUCAGCAGGCUGGGAAGUCAGUUGGGAAUCUGACGCACUGGUCGUCCCCCUCAGUCACAGGGCUGUCAUCCAAGCCAGCCACUGCCGCCACAGGCCAGCCUGCCUCUACCCAGCAGGUGCCUUUGGGUUCUAGCCGGUCCAUCAGUGGGGCAAGCACUCCACAGUCCCCUGCCUCCACGCCCCGGCACGUGGCCAGCCCGUCCCGUAAGGGCUCCGUGGCGUUUAGCCCCGAGGUGGACACCGGGAAACCAAAGUUCACGUCCAACAUGUGAGGCCUCGAGAAAAACCCAGGACAGCAUCUUCUGACGUGUAGGAGGAGAAGAGUCACCUUCUUGGAGAACAGAACUACUGGGGCAGACCCAGGGAUGGGGAAAGGGGUAGGGCAGAGUUCGGUGUCGUAGAACGGGCAGGCGGUUCCGGAACAUACGCUCGGUGUCGUUCCAAGUCCUAUCUCAACGGGAAGAGGGUGGAAACCGUUUCUUCGGCCCCUUCCUAAUUUUGAACACCGCAGUAGAAAGGAACCUACAGAAGGCUGAGUCGAGCCCCCUCCGCCCCGUUUUGAGCUCCUUCGUCAGCCUUUGUGUGGGGAAGCCACCCCUGCCGGUGGAUCGGUUUCGUGUGUAUCUGAGCCCCGUAGGCCCCAAGUUUUAGGCUUUUGGGGGUUGGGGGAAGGAACUGCAUCAAGAGUAACAUCAUUUUUCAACGUGGGAACCUCGUGACCGAGCAGUUCUAUGGUUCGCUCCCUCGCCAGAUGUGAAGCAAGAGGUCUGAGAAAUCAGGCCGAGGAAAAGGCCGAAGUUCUGGGCAUGAGGAAGUGCUCAGCUUAAACGCCCCCCCCCAGACUAGCCCUAAGCGAGUAACAGCCAGUUUAUGGCCGUUCCUGAAGGAGUGACUCCCCCCGUCUCUCCCCCUCCUUUAGGGACGUUCUCGACGAGGAGAUAUUUUAUCGAGUGAUUUUUCCACCACCCCCAGAUCUGUGCAAUAUGCAUCUCCCGGCGUUUCGUGCGAGUGUGUGUAACCGUAGAAACCCCGGUUCCGUGGGGAGGGAAGGGUAGGCCGCUUGGCCCCCCCAAGUCCCUCUCCUUCUGCCUGUCCCCACCACCCCAGAGACAAUGGGAUAGAAAGCCACACCCACCUUUGCUGUUAACCGCCAUGAGCUCAGCGUCAGCGCUGGGCCGGGGCCCCCGGGAGGCCCCAACCCACCCUCAGACGGAAAGCUGCGGCUUCUCCCUGACCCUGGCUCAGGUAACCCCUAACUUGAAGGUGCAUUAUGGCCCCUGUCUGUGGGUUGCCCCCCAUGGAGUUGGUUUUUUAAAAAAUCCAAGUGCUGCCUAGAGGUGCCAGCCAAUAACCACCGACCCGUUUUGUUCCCGAUUGACGGAUCCAGCGUAUCUGCUGCUCCUUGCUCCUGCUUAGAAGAAGAAGAGUUUGGAUUUAUACUCCCCCGUUUCUCUCCUGUAAGGAGACUCAAGGUGGCUGACAAGCUCCUUCCCCUUCCUCUCCCCCCAAAAGAU